GCCAGGUCGCUAGAUGAGUCUUCAUUCUUCAUUCGCUGGCCCAGUUUGUUGUCGUGCUGUUCGCCGUUCGCUGAUCGCUGUUCUCCGUUCGCUUUUCCCUCAGUUGUCGUCUGUUUUAUUUUCGUGGUGUCGCAUAUAUUUAGUAAAUAUUUUGUUGUUGUUAUUUAUAGUUCGGAUUUGGUAGGCGUGGUGCGUGUCGUAUUUGUGUUUUUAUUUUUUUAGUAGCCUUUUUUGUUUGAGUUUUGAUGGCAGCCAAAGACCGCCUGCCCAUAUUUCCCUCACGUGGUGCCCAAACGCUGAUGAAAUCGCGUUUGGCCGGCGCCACCAAGGGACAUGGUUUGCUUAAGAAAAAAGCAGACGCCCUGCAGAUGCGUUUUCGUCUGAUUCUGGGCAAGAUCAUAGAGACAAAAACCCUGAUGGGUCAGGUGAUGAAAGAGGCUGCCUUCUCCUUGGCCGAGGUCAAGUUUACCACCGGAGAUAUCAACCAGAUUGUUCUGCAGAAUGUGACAAAGGCCCAGAUCAAGAUACGCACCAAGAAGGAUAACGUGGCCGGGGUGACGUUGCCUGUUUUUGAACCGUAUACGGAUGGUGUGGAUACCUAUGAGCUGGCCGGACUGGCACGUGGCGGUCAGCAGUUGGCCAAGCUGAAGAAAAACUACCAGAGCGCCGUGCGCCUGCUCGUGGAGCUGGCCUCGUUGCAGACUUCAUUCGUGACCCUCGACGAUGUGAUCAAGGUCACCAACAGGCGGGUGAAUGCCAUCGAGCACGUGAUUAUCCCCCGCAUAAACCGAACCAUAGAGUACAUCAUAAGCGAGCUGGAUGAGCUCGAGCGUGAGGAGUUCUAUCGGCUGAAGAAGAUUCAGGAUAAGAAGCGCGAGGCUCGGAAGGCAUCCGAUAAAAUUCGCGAGGAGCAGCGUCGUCUGGGCCAAGUGGCCGAGACCAAGGAGGUGCAAAAUAUCCUCGAUGAGGACGGCGACGAGGAUCUGCUCUUCUAGACCGAUUUUAUGUAUACAUAUGUAUAGCCUUCCAACCAUAUAUCACCCACCUGUACAACCCACCUGCUGCUAGACCUGAACACCACCACCCAAACACUCAACUCGGCUACCUCACUUCCCAAAAGACCACCUCUCGUUUUUGUUGUCGUUCGUUGUGAUCCGGAUGUUGUAACAUGAUGUUGUCGUUCUUGGAAAUACAAUCCGUAAUCGUAACCUUUGUAA